AUGCAUUUAAAUCAUACCGAUCCAAAUGCCUCAAUUGCUAUAUUUAAUGAUCAAAAUGUAGAUAAAACCAACUAUGCGAUAUGGAAUUCAACAAUUAAAAUGUUUCAAGUAGAAUUUACUAUUCCUGCAAAUUUUAAAAGUGGACAAUUAUCAUAUGCUUUUGUUAUGGGUUUAUAUUCAAGUUAUAGUUAUUAUUUAUCUGAUUCUUAUCAAUUAAAUGUAACUUCUUCAAAAUUUGAUUUAUAUGGGCCAAUAUUUAAAAAAAUUAUUAAAAGUAGUUCAAUUAAUCCAAAUUAUGUAAAAUGGUUAUUAGAGAUUGAAGAUCAGAUUAAUGGAUUUAAAGGUGGUGAAAUUAUAGUUAGGGGUGAAUUGGAUGGAUCAAUUUAUAAAUAUCAAUUAACAACUCUUUCAAGAAUUGGUGGUGAUGAAUUUUUAGGUCAAUAUGAAAUUGUAGUUAAUAUUUCAAAUGUUUGCGCUUCUCAAAAUUAUGUAAUCACUUUUAUUAAACUUUAUGAUAGUCAAGGAUUUUCAUCAGGAUUUAGUCAGACUGAUUCAUUUUUUCAAACGAAUCAUCAACAAAUGAACAAUCAAGUUGAAUUUUAUUAA